ACGCUAAAUGGUCCCGUUGGAGUUCUUGGAGUGACUGUACGAGAACCUGUGGUAACGGCACUCGUUUCCGUACAAGAAAAUGUGAGGCUCAAAAUCAACGCGAAGUUUUUGCUCCUAUCUUUUGUGCUGGAAAAAGUUACCAGAACAAGACUUGUGCGAACUGGGGCUGUCCAGAUUGCAACAAAGUAUGCGUUAAAGGAACAUUGAAUGCAAAAUGUGAUGCUUGCACAUGUGAAAAUCACGUGCUCACGGGUCGUGUUCAGGCCAAGAACAAGGCACCACUUUCUGAAGCUGAAAUCUCAUUGGCGGAGACACCGUACAAUGUGUUGGCGCGAACAAAUGCGACUGGUUUCUUCACAGCCUUUAAUGUCUGUGCAGAUGUGAAUCAAGAGCUGCUCAUUGCAAAGAAAGGUUUUGUUCCUGUGAACGUUAAGGCCACUAUAUUGACAUCAACAACUGCAAACGUCAAAGUUACACUAGAGAAUGCAGUGCCGCCAUCCAUAACUGUCCAACCUCGCAGCAAGAUGAGAAUCUCUGGUCAUGGUGUAACUUUUUGCUGUGAUGGAGGAGGAAACCCUACCCCGGAGUUCGAGUGGUUUAAAGACAACAACGUCAUCGACAAGGACGUUUACCAUUACAAUAAGACGCUGAAAAUUUCUGAUGUGAGCGGUCUUAUGGGAGGAUAUCGAUGUAGAGUGGUGAAUGACUAUGGAUCAGAAUUUUCCGAUGUCGCUAAUUUACAAGUGUUCAAUACAAGCGAGGAGAUCUCAUGUAAUCCGACGCCCAUCACCAAAAACACCACACUCCCGGCGGGCUGUGUAGUACUUGGCACAACAAAUAACGUAGUUGAUGUAGGGCAAUGUCUACCGAGACCGUGCCUGCGAAAUGACUCCGCCCUUUCAAACACAGCGUGUCACGAUGAGACGUUUUGUUGUGUGGCAGAGGCGGAAAAAGAGGUCACUAUAAGUUGUGGCGGCGCUGCAACAUUUAACAUCUCUAAGGUGUCUCGUUGUGGAUGCCAAGAAUGCGAGCCGCCCAAAUCGUAUAUCACUGGGGUAGUCGUCGGCAUCAAGGGGGCUGUUGAAAAACCGAUUACGUACUGCGAAAUUAAGAUCGGAGAUAAAUACUACAACGCAGAUGACAAGGGAGCCUUCAAGUUUGAAGUUCCUGAAGAUAAGCAACGGUUAUCUGCAGUUUUCAAGGACACAUAUGACAGAGAAUACGCCGACUUCACGAAAGUAUUUCGCAUUGUUCAAGGACAAUCCUUGUUUUCCAAAAUUGUUUUGCGAGUCAAACCAACACCAAAACCGUUUAACUCGUCUGAGCCGUUUAAAGUUCCAAUGGGUGAUGGUGGGGACGGUUCGGCUUUCGCAGAGAUUGAAAUACCCGAGGAUGCGUUGUUAAAAGACGACGGGACAAUUUUUACCGGCCAGGCAAACCUUAGAAUGACUGUAACGGACCCUCGUAACGCGACGGAUGUUACGACAGCGCCGGCGGACUUUUCCACCAUCAGCGAGGAUGGAGAAGAACAGAUUUUAGUGAGUUACGGAAUGCUUAGUCUUGACUUUGAAGAUGACAGUGGAAAUAAGUUGUCCACGUCGAAGGCCAUCAAAUUGUUUCUAGAUCCUGAAAAGCUUAACAUUUCAGUUGACAGCAAUGGGAACACCUUAACAAAGCUGUGGUGGUUGGACGAAAACACAGGGAGAUGGAUGGAGGCUGGAGAUCUGUGGCUGGAUACAAAAGAAACUAACAGAAGCAGACGAAGCCCUACCCGCUUCCUGUUAACUGAAAUCACACCAGUUGUACAGAGGCAAGGACCAAUGAAUAUCGACGUUAGAGAAAACUUCGGAGCAGUUCGAGUGGCUGCUCCACCUGGCUCUACCGUCAGAAUCCUAUGUAAGGAGCCUAAUACAAGCGGCGAUCAAUAUGCUGGCUAUUUGGAAGGGGCUGUUGAUGCUAGCAGCGUUACCUGUAUAUCUGUGUGGAUCGAUAGAGAGUGCUUUAUGCAAGGGGAGAGCAGUGAUGCACGAUUCUUAGUUCCAUCCGUCCCGGAUUCUUUUCCUCCCUCCGUGUCGGCCCUCAUUAUUGGAACUCAGCUACAAAGUGUUGGUUCGUCGGCUACAGUGCAAUCGUUCAGUUUUGAUGUAAGAACGGACAGUAAUGGUCCAGUGUAUCCUCAUUUCGAUAGCGACGUUCAAAAUUGUCGUGCUCCUCAGCUGAUGAAUGGGCACAGACAAUUUCAAUUUACAGCCCCUCCGUCCACGAGUCUUGACUUGACUAGUAACCGUCCUAACAGGCCAAAUUUUAGAGACCCACUCAACUGGUUUCCUACAAAUACGAAUUGCUUUAUCAAAAUAGUAACAACAGGCAAGGGAUCUACUUUUCUAGCUUCCAGCUACAGAGCAAACAGAAAGGAUAUUGCAAACAAGUUUGGUGAUUCCGUCGCAAUGGCCAAUCCAGCCACGGAUGCGGAGAAUACUUUCGUAGCGUGCCUUGAUGUUCGAUGUCCGGGAAACGUAUAUCAGUCGGAGACAAAUAGCCAGGUCCCAGAAUGGACAUACGUGUUAGUUACUCACUUAACAGGGACUUGCGACUUUCAGACACAUAACUUGCAACAACAGAACAACAUUGAUAACAGGGGAACCAAUUGUCCGGCAUCUCGAUCUAAGCGCCACGCUUCUGGCUCGGAAAACUGGUUUUGUAUUCCACUCCCGGCUACUGGCAGCUUCGACAUUGAUAAUCUGUACACAUCUCCAAGAAAUGACAGACAAAGGGGUGUGAGCCGAUGUAACACCGGGAACAACCAGUGGCAAUCAGGACCCUCCAAUCCCUCCAGCACGUCACCUACCAUCGUUUUCAGUUGCAGGUAAGAGCCGAAAAAUAAAUUAAUGAUGAGUAUAGAAUGGGCCAUAAUCACAGUGAUUCCAAUCAAGAAUGCUUCUUUAUUCCACGUUCGUGAUGAGCAUUUAGUUAAUCUUUCUCGUUCUCCCGAUAUUGCAAAACAGCAAAACACUCUCCCUUACUUCCUUUCUAUAUUAGUUGUUUAGUUGUGGUGUUUGAGUAGGAUUUUCAGAGAGUUUUAUCAUCAAACUGUUUUCCGA